AUUGCAUGGAGCGCAGCACAGGGCCAGAUCUCAAGCUGAUCUCAUGCAGCAUUGCUAUCAGCUCCUGCAGCAAGCUGGUGAAGUGGCACAAAAGCCUGGCACUCCUUCAGGACCUGCAAAGGUUCUCGUUGCAAGCGGAUAUCGUUGCAUAUGGUGCUGCCAUCAAUGCUUGUGAAAAGGCAAACAGAUGGCAAGAAGCUGUGGAAGUGCUGCAGUGGCUGCUGGAGGGCCGUACACAACCCAAUGUCAUUGCGUGCACAUCGCUCAUCAGCGCUUGCAGCGGUGAAGGGCACUGGGAGCAAGCACUGGCUUUGUUCAGCAGCAUGACGUCGUGGGAAGUUUGCCCCAAUGUCAUCAGCUACAACACCACCAUCAGUGCAUGCGAAAAGGCAGCACAGUGGCAACGUGCGUUGCAACUGCUGCAGUUGGCCAAGAUACACGACGUGACACCAGAUGUCAUUUCAUUCAACACCACCAUCAGUGCAUGUGCCAGGGCUGGUGCAUGGGAGCAUGCGAUAUUUCUGCUGCAGGAAAUUGGCAUGCAGAAGCUUGAACCUACACUGAUCUCCCUCAAUGCCGGCAUCAGCGCUUUCGAGAAAGCUACUCGAUGGCAGCAGUCCUUGCAGCUACUGGGCCAAGUUGAGAGCUACGAAUUGCAAGCGGACGUCAUCACGUACAGCUCCGCAAUGAGUGCAUGUGCACGAGCUGGUGAAUGGGAGCAAGCGGCACAGAUGCUGGCACAGACCAUCUCCAAAUCCCUCCGGCCGAAUGUGCUCUCCUACAGUGCGGCCAUCAGUGCUUGUGAAAAAGCUGGGAACUCAAAGGUGGCCUUAACUCUGCUCUCGAACGCCAUCACCGCCCGCAUUGAGCCCGAUGUGGUGCUGUGCAACGCGGCCGUCAGCGCCUGUGCCGCGACGGGCGACUGGCAAGGGGCCCUGGCGCUGCGCCGGGGAAUGGUGGAGCCGAAUGUCGUCACCUACAACGCCACCAUGAGCGCUUGUGAGAAAGCUUCGCAGUGGCAGCUGGCACUGCUAUUGUUGGCUGGUCUUCUUACAGUUGGGCGUGUCAGAGCGGAUGUGAUCUCCUACAAUGCGACCAUCAGCUCCUGUCAGAAGGCCGAUGAAUGGCGAAUGUCCCUGGAGAUUCUGAGGGCUGUGGCUGAAGCCAUGGUGGAAAGCAAUAACAUCACAGGCAAUGCUGCCAUUAGCGCUUGCAGGCAGCAUUGGGUUUGUGCCACGCACCUUUUUUCAGCAAGAGGGCUUGAGCAGAAGAGGAGCAUCGUGACGUUUGGCUCCAUGAUCUCCAGCCUGGAGUGCAGCUGGUGGAAGGCCUUGUUCACCUUGCGGCAAGCCGAUGAAAUGCACUUGCAGCCAUCAUCGGUUACAUAUGGUGCUUUGCGCAGUGUUUGCGAGGGAGCCGGGCGCUGGAAAGAAGCUCUCAUGUUGCUUCGUUGCGGGGAAGAGCGAGGGCACAGCAGUGCAGAAGCCUUUGCCUCGGUGGUUGCCGCCAUCACCAAGAGGAUCUCAACCCGUUCAUGA